UGUUGAGAAUUAUUGGGAAAUGAGAUGGUUAGUCUGAGGAGAAGAGCAGGUGAAUAAUGGCAGCUCCGACAAACAUGCACAGGUGUUAGGCCUGAGAGGGAAGCUCCAUCACCACAUAAUUCACACAUUCAGGAACCACUUCCUUCCUCAUCGGCUUCUUUUAGCAGCGAAUCCAACGACUCUCAAUUCUCUCUCUCCGCCGAUUUCCAAUGCCGGAAUCAGUUCGUCUUCCAUCGGAGCUAUCAUCGCCGCUGCAGCCCUCGCCCGGCGCAUUUUAGUCACUACUCCGCCCUCUCGCUUCCUCGUCUUUCUAUUUCUUCCGAUUUUUGAUUCAUAACCUCUCCGAUUUAUGCCGUACACUUACUUCUCACCUGAUCUUUCUGAUUUAAUCUCUUCUCUUCAUCAUUCGCAUUUGAUUUCUCGUUUCCUCCUCUGCCGGUUGCGUGUCGGUCUUGUUUUUAUGCAGAAUUUAUGUUUUCGGUAAUUAGUUGUUGAGACGAUCAGGUCUCUUGUAUCGAUCGGAUAGAUUACUACGAGAUGUUGACAUGAAUGUCUUCUUGUUCAUGCUUUAUAAUCAAUCAACGGCCCGUACUGAAAUGUAUUGAACUGCGGGAAUAACUUAAUUUAAAAAGUAUUUGGAAAUAUUAGAUAAUCUGUGGCUAUAUAGAUGCCCUGCAUUCAUGAGGUUUUUAUUCUCUCUGCUAAUUGUGACUGUGAUUGGACAUUCGCGAUCCUUUUGCAUCUUAAGAUGGUAUCCUAUUGAAACUCGACAUCCUUAAUCGAUCCUAUUGAAACUCAACAUCCUGUGUUGUCUUUCCGUUUUCAGGUGCCACUGGUAACCGAGUUCCUAAUAGUAAUAGGCAGUUUUUCUGCAGCUGGUUUUGAGGAGAGCUCGUUUAUAACAUUUACGCCAUGAGGGGGCGCCAUGUCGUGGACAUGUCCUCAACUUACAAACGUGCAGCAUCGAAGGACUAUACAGAUGAUGCUCAUGGUAAACAAGAGAGUUCAGUGCGUUCUACUGGAAGUGGACACCCUUCAUGGAGACGCUCCUUGCGGCAUGUAGUAGUAGCAACUCUUUCUUCGUUUUUGUUUGGCUACCAUCUUGGUGUAGUUAAUGAAACCUUAGAGAGUAUUUCCUUAGACCUUGCCUUCAGUGGGAGUACAUUGGCCGAAGGUCUCGUAGUAAGUACGUGUUUAGGUGGUGCCUUUCUUGGAUCUCUAGUUAGUGGCUGGAUUGCAGAUGGGUUAGGGCGUCGUAGAGCAUUGCAGCUCUGUGCAUUACCAAUGAUAAUUGGUGCAUCCAUGAGUGCAACCACAAAAAACCUCUGGGGAAUGCUUCUUGGGAGGUUAUUUGUUGGAACUGGGAUGGGUCUUGGCCCAGCUGUUGCAGCACUCUAUGUUUCUGAGGUAUCACCAGCUUAUGUAAGAGGUACUUUUGGAACUUUUACUCAGAUUUCAUCAUGUCUCGGUCUUCUGGGAUCCCUAUUUAUGGGACUUCAAGCCAAGGGAAUAGUGGGUUGGUGGCGGGCUUGUUUUUGGGCAUCAGUCAUUCCUGCUGCUUUACUUGCCCUUUUGAUGGAAUUUUCUGCUGAAAGUCCUCAUUGGCUUUUCAAGAGUGGAAGAACUGCUGAAGCUGAGGCUGAAAUUGAGAAGCUUCUGGGAGGGGCACAUGUUAAAUACGCAUAUGCUGAAUUGUCAAAGUCUGAUAAAGGAGAUGAUGCAGAUGCAGUGAAGUUAUCAGAGUUACUCCAUGGCCGCCAUUUCAAAGUGGUUUUCAUUGGUUCAACCCUUUUUGCUUUACAGCAGCUCUCUGGCAUAAAUGCUGUUUUCUAUUUCUCUUCUACUGUCUUCAAAAGUUUUGGCGUACCUUCAGAUCGUGCAAAUAUUUGUAUAGGAGUAGCAAAUCUUUUAGGGUCAGUUGUUGCAACGAUACUAAUGGAUAAACUUGGAAGAAGGGUGCUGCUUCUUUGGAGUUUUUCAGGCAUGGUUGCGUCAAUGGGCCUCCAAGUGGUAGGAGCAAGCUCAUUUCCAUCCAGAACUGAAUCAUUCUAUCUGUCUGCUGGCGGCAUGUUACUGUUUGUCCUGACGUUUUCUCUUGGGGCUGGUCCUGUUCCUGGUCUCCUUCUAUCAGAAAUAUUUCCUGGUCGAAUUCGAGCAAAAGCAAUGGCAUUUUGCAUGUCGGUUCAUUGGGUGAUAAACUUUUUUGUCGGUUUACUCUUCCUGCCAUUACUGGAGCAAAUAGGAGCCCAGGUCCUGUAUACAGUUUUCGGCACGUUUUGCUUGAUCGCUGUGUUUUUUGUGAAGAGACAUGUAGUGGAAACAAAAGGAAAAUCACUCCAGGAAAUUGAAAUGGCACUUCUUCCCGUAGAGUAGAGGCAGAAAACAGAUUUGUAUUCGUUCAAUACUCCUAUCAUCAUCUUGCAUAUAUUUUGCACAAGCCCAUGUUCAAAGCGCGGGAUUACAAGAGCGUACAACAGCUUCAGAAUUUACGGCUUCUACCUUUCCCCAGUCGCACCCUGCAACGGCGGGCUUUCUAAUCUUUUAACCUCUAUUCAGGUCAUGUAUUCUUUAUCUAUUUUCAUUUUUCUUUGGUUCUUUUCCUUGCUACAAUGAAAAGCAAUUGCAGAAAAUGCCAUGUGCCACAGUUCAAAGUUCUUUAUUCAUUGAUUUUUUAUGCAA